AUGCUAUGGCUUGCGGGUCGUGCAUCGGCCGAUGGCGGGGAUGACUUUGCAAAUAAUCUUGCCUCGGAUCUGGGACCUAUUAUCGCGCUAUUUGGCGAACGUGUUGUCAUGCAGUUCAUGAGCCAAGCCAUGGGUAUAACCGACUGCAUUCUCUUGGCCGUAGCUCCGAUUGGUGCCAUCACCACGGUUAUAAGCGCCAUCCGAGUGGCCGGACCUCCAUGGCUGAAGUCGUUCAUUGGAAGGGCCAGAGAGAAUCUCUCAGCGGCAGAGAUUGAUGUCAUGUCAUCCACAUCCAAGGAGGCAUGCGAGCUUUGGAACGGUCACAGCGUGAUUAGAUGUCCGGGAUCGGCCGAUAUAUAUCAGUUCAUCUGCUUGCUGCCAAAAGGACGAGACACUGGUAAGACAGAUGAAAGCGCGAAGAAUUCUGUGAUGAUCAGUACCGUUCAUUCCAUCCGAAGAAGAGACACUGGCAAGACCGAGUCUGGCAAGACGGACUCGGGCAAGACGGACUCUGAACAAACAGAUUCCGACAAGGCAGGCUCCGGUAAUGGAGACUCCGAUACACAGCAAGAUUCGGACAAAGACGCAAAGGACAUCAUCGUCGUUGUUGAUUCUGAUGACAGCGCACCGAAUCUUCUCCUCAAUUGCCACGAUAGAGUCGAGCGACGGGAAAUUUACCUUGCAGCCACACUAGGUGUAAUAUUACAGCUGGGAGCUUUAAUAUAUUUUGCCUUCAUUACCUAUCACCAACCUAUCAAGGAUCAAUUUCUGAAGGAUGGCAGGAGAGUAGUCGAGUACGCUUUUCCAUGUGCCGCCGGAGGAACUCUUCUCUUGGUACUUGGAUUAUUCAUGUGUGCAUGGGUUGUUGAAAAAAGUACGACUGAAACAUGCUAUGAAGCGAAGCAUCACCGGAUGUUCAUCGUUUGGUUGCAAAAGCAUCAUACUUUGAGUGACCAGGUGUUUAGGCCCUUUGCAAUUUACCCAACUACCGAACGGAAAUAUAUUACAAUGUCUCGGCGAAAUAUCACUUCACUCAAACAGGACAAUAGUGGCUCUGACCAUCCACAGACAUCUUUAGGAGAAGGGAUAACCAAUGCUCAAACUUCCAAUAAGCAUAUUGCAUUUUUCGGCUCUCUCAUUUCUCUUGUUGGAUUUAUUUCACAGUUUAUCGGAAUGAGAGGAUUGAAUUGGACAGCAUCAGUGGUACAACUAGGCAUUACAAUCGUGGUCACUGUAUUGAGGGUCAUUGUGCGACGGGGACUUGGGAAGUCUCCUAAUCGCACACCCUUGAUAUCGAAAACUGAGCUUGAUUGGUUCGCUCUCAGCUUUGGGGAUCUAACUACAGCUCCAUGGGCGAUGCUCGAUGACAAAUCUAAGAAUGAGAAUAAGAAGAAAGCGCGGAAGCACAACCACUUCCCCAAGUGGAGAGUCUGCACUGGGGAUAAGCAGGCAUAUCUUCCUUUGAGGACGACGGAUGACAGCAGCCGCUCUGAGAAGAAGUCAAAAGUUCAUGAGAUGAUGAUAGCGCGACAAGAAUUAAAAAAGAUUUCGAAUUGGAAGAGCCCAGUGGCUGAAGAGGCUGCCCGUCUGUCAGCUGCGAUUGAAGCUGUUGUCCAUUCACUUCUUGGCGAGGAAUGGCCCGAUGGAGAUUAUACGUGGAGCAUUCCGGCAACUUACAAUGGAUCGCAAGAUGGGUAUCUUGAUAUCGAACUUGAGAAGAAAGAUAAGAAAUGGAACUUCAAAGAUAUGGGCGAGAGAAUUGAGGCAAUUCUGUCACUAUGGUCGUACUCAGCAACGCCGGCAAAGGUUUUCGAUAUUAAUCAGCCUCGUCAAUUACGGCUUUAUGGAUCGAGUGAGCACGAAGACCGCUUACGCCGGGACCUUCAAUGGUGGAUGCCGGAAGUCAUUACUGAAAUCACUACGCUUCCAAAGGCUGAGGUCGAUGAGAAGAAGAUGAAGCCUGAGUGGACAAUAGUUGGCUUCACUUCCGAGAUUUCUCAAAAUACGAAAUAUUCUGAUAAGCCUGAAGGAGAAAACAGCCCUAGCCAAGAAUAUCUUGUUUUAGAAUGUCAGGAAAAACAAAAAAGGCUCUUCUCCAGGGAUUUGUUGUUUUCAUUCAUGCGCGCGAUCGCAAAGAUGCCUGAAGUCACAAUCUCAAGCGCGUCGAGUGUACAACAAGUGAAUUAUAGUAAAAUGACAGACGGUUGGAAGGAACUGAAAAUAAAAAACGACACCAUUUCCAAUUUGGCCAGAAAGUUAGAGAAGAUAGGAUUCGGCACACUGUCAGAUAUAUACUUCGAUCUUAUUGUACCUCUGAGUCUCGAGCAAAAACUCACUAACCUCAAAAACGUCAUCGACGAAGCCACAGAACAAGCACAGGCGUAUGAGCGAACAUGCCAAUGGAAGAAGUUGGUCGACAGCUGUUUUUGCCUUCUUGACUUGGCUCUUCGGUUUGAUCUCGAGAGGGAACCCUCUGGGCCGUUAGCCAUAGCUGUGUGCUUGGGUUUUCUCAGCAGGCUACGUCAUGAGUCUGCACUUCAAAAAUCGGAAGGGCGAGAAGAAGAAGAACUUGCAAAGCAGUUGAAACUUUUAAUACAGAAAUUAAAGGAAGAGCCAUUCACAAAGUUGCCUAACUUCGAAAUCCCAGCGAGGGAAAAAAUGAAGGAAUGGCACUAUGCUAUGCCUUUCAACACAAUGAUCGGCCAUGCGCUUACCGACAUCAAAACCUUGCCAGAUAGCUUCCGGAUUACCACCGAUCACCAAACUGACGCUUUUGGUUGGUCACCGCUUCAUUAUGCCGCCAACUUACAAUUGCAAAAUAUGCGCAUAGUUUUUUCUCCAGAAGGUGAAGUUCUCAACCUCCGAGAUUACAUGGGAUGGACACCUUUGCAACAUGCUUGCCUUGUGGGCAACGAGAGAGUGGUGGAUAUGUUACUUGAUCGCGAAGCCCCAAUUGACACCGCUGGGUAUGAUGGGAUCACGCCGAUGCAUUGUGCGGUUCGAAGUGGAAAUAUCGAAAUACUACAGAGAUUAGUCGAAAAGUCCAAAUCAGGGCGUAAGAGGCAUUCCAGAAAUAGUGUGGCCCACGUUGACCGUAACGAGAGGCACCCUAUUCACUGGGCUGCAGUCAAAGGAGAUGUCCAAUUAAUCUGGCUGCUGAAGGAUGAUAUUGGUCUUAAAGAUCGGUUCGGCUGGACUUGCCUCCAUCUAGCGGCGAUAUACGGACACAAAGAACUGCUCCUGUUGAUCAUUGAGGAUUGUGGCGCAGAUAUAAACAUCGGUGACAAUGAUGCUCGCACGCCUUUGCAUCUUGCAAUCGAAAACGACAAGGAAGCGGUUAUUCCUUUGUUGAUCAAUGCCCAUGCAGAUGUCAAUGUCAAAGCAAAAGACGGUUCAACUCCGCUUCACAUGGCAGUUAAGCGGAAGGAUAUUGUACAAAUUCUUCUCGAUAAUGAUGCUGACAUGGAGGCAAUUGACCUUGAGGGCCGCACGCCACUCUACCAGGCAUUAGCAGACGGUACAAUUGGAGUCGCAGAUCUGUUGAUAGACAAGGGUGCAGACGUCGCAACUGCGGCAAAGGAUGGGAGGACGCCACUACACAUGGCGCUUACAGAAUAUGGCCCACCUGAAGCUAUCGAAUUGUUACUUAAACUUGGGGCCGAUAUUGAUGCAUGGGACGAUUUUGGACAAACACCAUUACUGAUUUCAAUCUACAAAAAGAAUUGGGGAAUUGCAGAGCUCUUGCUAAAAGAGGGCGCAGAUGUUGACGCUGUUGAUGAAGACGGAUACACACCAUUACACCUUGCCGUCUCUCAAAAAGAGCUCAACAUCCUUCGACAAUUAUUAAAAGCCGGCGCGAAUAUUGACGCCGUUAGUGAGGCCGGUAACCAAACAGCAUUGCAUAUUGCUGUUCGUAAUGGUAAUAGAGAUAUUGUGCAGAUCUUGCUCGGGAGAGGAGCCAGUACCACGCUGUAUAACUCUCGCGGAUUCUCACCAUUACAACAUGCGUUAUAUAUUGGAAACCUUGAGCUUGUACGAGAUUUUGUUGAGCACGACAAAAAGGCGACAACAAAGGCCGCUUUACAAAAGGGGAAGGAUGGUAAUACUCCAAUGCACACUCUGUGUCAAUGGACUUAUUACGAGAGCGAUGAGGACAUUAUGCUCCAAAUGCUUGACGAACUUUUAAGCAUCAGUCCGGAGAUUGACAUCAAUGCCCAGAAUGAUGAUAAUCUUACGCCGUUAGAUUUAGCAGUUUCUAGAGCCAAAGACUAUCGCAGAUUCAUUAAUAAGUUGGUAGAAAAGGGGGCAAAGCCAGGCUCAGAGGAGUCAAGCAGAGACUUCGAUGCGUGGAAGGAAAUGAGUACUGAUGAGGAGAUAGCUGAAGAAUAA